CUUGGCCCAGGUCUAUAUAAAACAACCGCGUCGCCCCUCCCCGUCUUACCCAUCUUUCACAUCAACAUCGGUGCUACGCUACAAGAAACAUUAAAAAAGAAAAAGAAGAAAGAGAAGCACCAAAAAAAGACAGCAAAUCAAGAACCUCAUACUCCCUCGUCGCCAUGGCACGAGGCAAGCUGUCAGGUCGGCGGAUCCAGCGCCCCGAGGAAUUCUCGGAUCCUCCCGACGAGGAGGAACAGAACGAGAUGAACGCCCUGCUCACAGAAGAGGACAAGCAGCGGCGCCAGGAGCUCGAGAAGGCGCCCAUGCAGGCCGAACUAAAACAUCUCGAGAAGCGCUGGACCAAAAAGGGCCGCGGGUACAUCACGGAGCCCCGGGACGACGAGGAGCUGCCCGACGACAAGUUCAACUGGUACGACAAGUUUGCCCUGUGCGUGACGCGUCGUUACAGCCGCGACAACAGUUACGUCGAUAGCACGUCGCUGCAGGUCAACUCGCCGGCCCUCAAGAGGGUGCUCCGCAACGUCAUAGGCCAUUACCCCGGCGUAUCGUUUCACACAAACGACAUCUCAAUCCCGUUCCCACCUCGCUGUCUCUAUCACUACCGUCCCGAGUUCAAGGCCGAGCUGGAGAGGCUCGUGACCGAGGAUCCCGACUCGGAGGCGGCGAGGCACCUGCCGAUCCUGAUUGACUUCAUCAACGAAGAGUUCCACGACACCAUCGUCGAGGGGGACAACCUCCGCGACCAGGGGCUCAUAUCGUAUGAGCACCUGUGGACCAUCUUCAAGCCGGGCGUCUUGGUGUACAGCACCAAGCUUUCGCAGCCGCGAGGGUUCCAGCUCCUGUCCGCCGACUAUGCCUGCGGCAGCUGCCCUGCGCUCGAGCUCUCCGUCGAGUUUGUGGACUUUGACGGGGACGGGUUCGGCACGCGCCAGGCAAGCCUCAAGAUCCCGGCGUUUGGCGGGUCGGCGCCGAUCCGAGGGCUCAACGUCAUCCCCCUAGCGUGCAGCCCCAACGAAGCCGUCAUCAGGAAGCGCCUCGUCGAGCGCGGCCGUCGGUGGGAGGCCCACGCCGGCCAGCACUUCCGCCACUACCAGGGCAUCGCCAUCGACGUGGAUGGAAACCGGUACAACAUCGACUCGAGGGUCAUGAUCGACGCGCGCACGUUCCACCGUCUCGAGGCGGACCAUGCCUUUGGCGUGUCGGCUCUGAGCGACGGAAACAGCGACUGGUCAGACGACGAGGCAGAGCUGAUCCCGACGGAGAACAAGGACUCGUUCCCCGCCCUGACGGACGAGCAGUGCCUGAUGGCGGCCUCGUUGGUGCGCGGCUUCUCCAUGACGGAGAAGAAGUUCCUCGACUUCUUCAUCGACAACGUCUCGGACAUUGAGUGGAACACCAAGUGCUUCGAGCAGCUCGUGCUGCCGCAGAGCCAAAAGGACCUCGUGCAGGCGCUGGUGGACGAGCACACGAAGCGCGCGACCGACCCCAACUCGGCCUUUGAGGACAUCGUCAAGGGCAAGUCGCGCGGCCUGAUCCUGGUGCUGCACGGGCCCCCGGGCGUGGGCAAGACGCUGACGGCCGAGUGCGUGGCCGAGUUCAGCCAGCGGCCGCUGUACAUUGUCUCGUCGGGCGACCUCGACACGAACCCGUCGGUGCUGGACGAGCGGCUCGGCCGGACGCUGGACCUGGCGAGCACGUGGAAGGCGGUCCUGCUCAUCGACGAGGCCGACGUCUUCCUGGAGCGGCGCUCGCUGCACGACCUGCAGCGCAACGGGCUCGUCAGCAUCUUCCUGCGCACCCUCGAGUACUACUCGGGCAUCCUGUUCAUGACGACGAACCGCGUGCGCACCUUUGACGAUGCCUUCAAGUCGCGCAUCCACGUCCCGCUCAAGUACGGCGAGCUGCCGGCCGACUCGCGGGCCAAGAUCUGGCGCAACUUUCUGGGGGCAGUAGGGAGAGAGGGAGGCAGUCGCGGCGACGGCAGCGGCAGCGGCGGCAUGUCCGCGUACGAGUCCAUCGGCGACGCGGGCAUCGCCACGCUGGCCGAGGCGCCCCUCAACGGCCGGCAGAUCAAAAACGUCGUCAGGACGGCCAAGAGCCUCGCCUCGCACAAGAGGCGCAGGCUGGACCUGGAACAGCUCCAGCAGGUCAUGGAGAUCCAGAUGGCGUUUGAGCGCGACCUGGACGGGGCGGCCGACGGGGGUCGUUGACGUCGCGGAUCGUCCCUGAGGAGAGGGCGCUUGGGGCGUCUGCAUGUCCGAGCAGCGGCCCUCCCUUUUUCCCCCCCGGGAGGGAGGGGGCCAUCAUGGUCACCCGCAGCUCAGACAACUGGCAGGGCGAAAGUACGUACAUGCGUAAGUGGGCUGUGUAUCGCGCAUGGGGCCGGCGGCUUGUUGCUGCGUCGAGUAUCUGUGACAGGUUACUGGCACGCAAACCGCGUUUCCGGCAGGGUUGGAAGGGUUGAGCACAGCUCGCCACGCGGUCGGUACCGCUGCCAAGCUCCUGCAUCGCUCAGUCAACGUAGGAGUUUCCCUCGAUACGGUGGCGUGUUGCAGUUAGACAGUCGGUCCGGAACACGUCUCACGAGUCCGGGGUUCCGAAGGAGACUGAAGGGCGCGCAGCAUAGCAUAGAACAGAAGACGUACAGGAUCCUGCCGCAACAGGCGGUUAUGUAUACCUCUUCGUGAUGUCACUGAACAUGGCAAUGAUAUAUCUGAUGAUCGGCAA